AAGAUCAUCAUGUGUCUCUGAAUCAAGUCGCCAGCUUUUACAGAUUUAUCUUUGCUUAAAUUCUCUCCACAGUUCAAACGUAUCUGUUUGUUAAAAGAAGAGAGAGGGAGAGAGAGAGAGAGAGAGAGAGCUCGUUGUUGCUUUUUGGAGGUUUCCCAUGUCUAUCAGUAUCAUCACCACCACCAAGAAAAUAUCAACACCAUCCAAACGAGACAUCUAAGAAGAAGAGGACUCAAUGCCAUGUACAUCAUAUCUUCCUCUUCUUCUUCUUCUCCUCAUCUUCCUUGUUCCACCUUCUUCCUCUGACAACAAAGUCAUCAUCAGAGGAAACCAAACGAUCCUGAGUUUCAAAUCAGUCUUCCGGCUUGGUUUCUUCAGCAGCACCAGCAGCAAUGGUUCCUCCAAUUGGUACUUGGGUAUCUCCUAUGCUUCUAUGCCUUCUCCUACCCACGUCUGGGUCGCCAAUCGUAUCCGCCCCCUUUCCGAUCCUCACUCCUCCACUCUCCAGCUCACCUCCACCGGCUUCCUUACCGUCACUACCUCCGACGGCGCCGUCGUUUGGCAGACCGAUAACACUGACCCCGGUACCGAUUUCCGGUUCUCGGAAACCGGUAAUCUGAUUUUGACCAAAGACGACGGUUCUCCGGUUUGGCAGAGCUUCGACAAUCCCACUGACACGUGGCUUCCCGGGAUGAAUGUCACCGGUCUAACGGUGAUGACUUCGUGGCGGACGCUCUUCGAUCCUUCGCCUGGAUUUUACUCUCUCAGGCUGAGUCCUGGCUUCAACGAGUUCCAGCUUGUUUUCAAAGGAACCACCCCCUACUGGUCCACCGGCAAUUGGACCGGAGAUGCCUUCGUCGGCGUUCCCGAGAUGACCAUUCCGUACAUCUACACCUUCCAUUUCGUUAACCCUUACUCUCCCGCCGCCUCCUUUUGGUACAUCGUCACGCCCUUGGACUCAACUUCCGAGCCCAUGCUUACGCGUUUCAUGGUCGACGCCAACGGCCAGCUGAAGCAGUACACUUGGGAGCCCCAGACGCAGAGCUGGAACAUGUUCUGGUUGCAGCCCGAGGGUCCCUGCCGCGUUUACAGUCUCUGUGGUCAAUUUGGGUUCUGCAGCGGCCAAUUGCUCAAGCCCUGUGCCUGUAUACGCGGUUUCCGGCCUAAGAACGACGCCGCUUGGAGAUCUGAUGAUUUCAGCGACGGAUGCCGCCGUGAAAAUGGUGAUUUUGGCGACAAGAGUGAUACUUUUGAGGCGGUUGGUGAUCUGCGGUACGACGGCGAUGUAAAGAUGUCGCGGUUGCAGGUAAGCAAGAGUUCUUGCGCCAAGACCUGCCUAGGAAACUCUUCUUGUGUUGGUUUUUAUCACAAUGACAAGUCCAAUCUCUGCAAAAUAAUACUUGAACCGCCGAUAAAUUUGAAGAAUUCGAGCUCAUUGACCAAUGGUGAUCUAUUGUAUAUCAGAGCUCCGAGGAAAGGGAAUUCUAAGGGAAACAUCUCUAAAACCAUCAUUAUAUUGUGCAGUGUUGUUGGGUCUAUCUCAGUUCUUGGGUUUACAUUGUUAGUGCCAUUGAUAUUGUUGAAGAAGAGUCGAAAGAAGAAGAGGACGAGGAAGCAAGACGAAGAUGGAUUCGCUGUCUUGAAUUUAAAGGUCUUCUCUUUCAAGGAGCUUCAUGUAGCUACUAAUGGGUUCUCGGAGAAGGUUGGACACGGUGGUUUUGGGGCGGUUUUCAAAGGAACAUUACCGGGCUCUUCCACCUUUGUGGCCGUGAAACGCUUAGAAAGGCCUGGAAGUGGUGAGAGCGAGUUCCGCGCAGAGGUAUGCACCAUUGGCAACAUUCAACAUGUCAAUCUCGUUAGGCUUCGAGGUUUCUGUUCUGAGAAUCUUCACAGACUUCUGGUUUACGAUUACAUGCCACAAGGAUCCUUGAGCUCCUAUUUGUCUAGAACAAGCCCCAAAUUGUUAAGCUGGGAAACCCGUUUCAGGAUUGCGUUAGGUACUGCCAAAGGGAUUGCAUACCUGCACGAAGGAUGCAGGGACUGUAUUAUUCACUGCGAUAUCAAGCCGGAGAAUAUUCUUUUGGACAGCGAUUACAAUGCCAAAGUAUCUGAUUUUGGCUUGGCUAAGCUCCUUGGCCGUGACUUCAGCCGAGUUCUAGCCACAAUGAGAGGGACAUGGGGCUACGUGGCUCCCGAGUGGAUAUCGGGUUUGCCCAUCACGACAAAAGCCGAUGUGUAUAGCUUCGGAAUGACAUUGCUUGAGCUGAUUGGUGGUCGAAGAAAUGUCAUCGUCAAUAGCGAUACACUGGGAGAGAAAGAGACAGAACCUGAAAAAUGGUUCUUUCCGCCAUGGGCAGCGCGUGAAAUCAUACAAGGAAAUGUGGACUCUGUGGUCGACUCAAGACUCAACCGAGAAUAUAACAUAGAAGAGGUGACAAGGAUGGCAACGGUGGCGAUAUGGUGCAUACAAGACAAUGAAGAGAUAAGGCCAGCGAUGGGAACAGUAGUGAAGAUGCUUGAAGGAGUUGUGGAGGUGACGGUUCCUCCACCGCCUAAAUUGAUACAAGCUCUUGUCUCCGGGGAUUCAUAUCGAGGAGUGAGCGGCACAAGUUGCAGCGAAGGCCAUGGCUGUUCGGAUCUCAAUACCGGAUUGUCUAGCCCCGGCUCACGGUCGUCUUUUGGUAGACCUUCUUCUCCUUGAUCAAUUUUAAGAUGGUUUUGGUCAAAACGAGUGAGACUUAAAUGUUUCAUUGUAUUUCUAAAUUUGCUCUCUAAAGAGGGUUUAAUUAGUUAAUACUGUAAUUGUCGGUUGUAUGGGAUGAAGCCUUAAUGUGUCAUUUUCCCAUUUUAGAAAAGGGAUAAGCGUUAGUGAAGUGAAGCAUACAUAGAUUUUAAACUCGCUCAUUGUUUACUCCUUUCAUAUUAUCAAAGCUCAGUGAAUGCAGUCAUGAAUUAUUAUUGUCAA